GAGGAAAGAAAACACUGUAGACAGAUUGCGCUCCGCUAGCCUCAAACGCCAUCUUUAACAGAUAGGGGCUUUAAACCGGCAGAAAACUGGGAAACUGGCACCAGUGGAGACAACCCGUUUUUUCACGUGUGUUUUAAACCCUCGGAUCGCUCUGGAGCUGUACGAGUCGUGGCUUUUGGCAUUUAUAACACAAACUAAAUUCGUGAGGAAAUCGGCGAGGCACUGGUUAGCCUCUAGCUAGCUAGCGAGGGGGAGGGGCGGGGGUUUUGAGGAUUUUUUUUUCGCAGCCGAAGUUGUUUGUUUAUGUUAUUCCACACGGACAUGUCCUCUUCAAACCCAGAGUUACCAGAUCCAAAUCUGGGUAUGGGGGCAAGUGGGACCCAAGCAGGUGGCGGGGCUGUUGUGCCAAAAGGGACCAACAAGAGACGAGCUACGCAAGACUUUGAUGAUGAUGAAGGAAGCAAGUUGUUCAGGUGUGAUGAUGAAACGGGCGGCUCUAACAAUGACAAAGAGCGCUUUGCCAGGGAGAAUCACAGUGAGAUUGAGAGGCGGAGGCGGAACAAGAUGACCGCCUACAUCACAGAAUUAUCAGACAUGGUGCCCACCUGCAGUGCUCUAGCACGGAAACCGGACAAACUAACCAUCCUACGAAUGGCUGUGUCCCAUAUGAAGUCUCUGAGAGGAAGUGGCAAUACCAAUGCAGAUGGGUCGUACAAACCUUCCUUUCUCACUGACCAGGAGCUGAAGCACCUCAUCCUGGAGGCAGCCGAUGGCUUCCUGUUCGUGGUGUCAUGUGAGACCGGUCGCAUUGUUUAUGUCUCAGACUCCCUGACACCCGUCCUCAACCAGUCACAGUCUGAAUGGCUCGGCUCCUCCCUUUAUGAUCAGCUCCACCCAGAUGACACAGAAAAGCUCAGGGAGCAGCUCUCUACUGCAGAGAAUAACAACACAGGGAGAAUGUUGGACUUGAAGACAGGAACAGUGAAGAAGGAAAGCCAGCAGUCAUCAGCCAGAAUGAGCAUGGGAGCCCGUCGAUCAUUCAUCUGCAGAAUGAGGUGUGGUUCGUGUCCAGUGGAACCGUUGUCAAUGAACAGACUGAACUUCCUUAGGAACAGAAACAGGAAUGGUUUGGGUGCAGCCAAGGAAGGGGAGCCCCAGUAUGUAGUGGUCCACUGUACAGGAUACAUCAAGUCUUGGCCCCCUGCAGGGGUAUCAUUAACAGAUGAUGAAGCAGACAACACUCAGGGGAGUCGCUACUGUCUAGUUGCUAUUGGGAGAUUACAGGUGACUUGUUGCCCAAGUGACACAGACAUAAACAGCAUCAGUGUUCCAGUAGAGUUCAUCUCACGCCAUAACUGCCAGGGCAUGUUCACCUUUGUGGACCACCGCUGCAUGGCCACUGUCGGCUACCAGCCGCAGGAUUUACUUGGUAAGAAUAUUCUCGAGUUGGCCCACCCAGAAGACCAGGGCUUACUGAGAGACAGCUUCCAACAGGUGGUGAAGCUGAAGGGCCAAGUUUUGUCAGUGAUGUUUCGGUUCCGCUCCAAAUCGAGAGAAUGGAUCUGGAUGAGAACCAGCUCCUUCACCUUCCAGAACCCAUUUUCAGAGGAGAUUGAGUAUAUCAUCUGCACCAACGUCAAUGUCAAUAGAAACUCGACUCAGGACCCCCUCACUCCUAUCUCCUCCCCAGGGGGUUUGCUGCCCCCUUCCUUGGGUCAGAGCAGCCCAAGCGGCCCUCCUGUAGUGCUCAGCCCAGGGCAGGUGGCCACCAGGCAGUUCCAGCAGCAGCAGCAGGCUGAGCUGGAGGGAGGCGGAGCCAGAGAUGGUCUGUAUGAGGCAGGACCAAUUACCCUCUCACAGAUGCCAGUCCAGCCGGUGCAGCCUGUGACUGCUGCAGGACCAGACCACAGCAAGACCCUUGAGAAGCCAGAGCUCUACUCCGCCCUUUUUCAAGGCCCAGAUCAGUCUAAGGGCAUUCCCUCCACCUCCACUCCCUCCACACAGAUUUACCCUCCAGCCAACAACUUCACUGCUAGUCGAUCCAGUGAUGCUUACAGGCCAGUCAAUAUGACUCCGCAGAUGGCACAGCCAACCCACUCAGCAGGACAGAUGCUGGCUCAGAUGUCUCGUCAGAAUGGAGCCCCGCAGUCCGUUACCCCUUCCAGCACUGGCAGCCCCCUCCAUGGAGGACCAGCAGGAGGAUGGCCUGGAGCUGGAGCUAGACCACAAUUUAAUAACCAGCAGCAGGUGGCUCCUCAGGCCCCAAAAACCAUGUCUCCACCAUUUGCUCCCAUGGGAGGAUUUGGAGGUGGCUCUUCCAACUCUUUUGGCCAGAUGCCUACAGGUGCUGCUCCCACCCCCACCAGCGGUGCCAACUACCCACAAAUGAAUGCUCGUGCCAGCCUCAACACCAACGGUUAUGAUGGCUCUCAGUCAGGGGCACAGUUCCCAUCUCGAGCAGCCGAGGCAGUGUGGCCCCAGUGGCAAGGCCAGCAGCACUCACAGAGUAAUGCAGAGCAGCAUCCUCAUGCUCAGGGCAACCAGCAAGACAUAUUUCCUGAUGUGUUGUCUAUGUUGGACCAGCCUGCCAACUUCAACGGUGAUGACUUUGAGAUUUCCAUGUACCCUUCCUUUAACGAGUGACCUGGUGAAUACUGUUCUGCUGGUCCACCUAGUCUUCUCGACUGUUUUUGCCGUCACUCUUUCUUAUAUCUUUCGCUCUUCUGCUCCUGUUUUCUUCCUGCUCCUGAGAGUAGCACUCUUCCCUUGCUUCGCAUGGCUUGAACUGCACUGCCACAAGCCAGUUAAGGAUGGAGGGAUAUAUCUGAUUGCAGAUAUAUAGGAAAGGAAAAUCAAGGAUUUGCUACUGACUAAAAGAUCAUUAUUUUAACAAUAUUCCAGCCAUUGUAAGAGAAAUCUCUAGCUAGCACUGCCCAAAGCUCAACAACCUAUGUUGUAGAUAUGUGAGAUAUAUAUAUAAAUAUAUAAAAGCGCACAAUCACACAACCACACUUGAAUAGACUGCACAAAAACACUCUUACAUUCUGGUAAAAAUACAUAGGAAGUAAACACACACACAAACAAAGGCCUUUUAUUCUAAUAUAUUCCUGGUUUUUCUCAGGCAUUGAUGAAGAGUGUAUUUUGCUGUUUUACCCGUUUAGCAUGUAGACUAAUCACACCAAUCAUUGAUUUAAACUCUCAGGAAAUUGCAGGGAUAUACAGCUUUGGUGAUUAAGAAAAAAAUCUAAGCUGUUGCACGCAAACCACCAAUGUCUGUGCUAACUUCACUCACAAUUUUAAACCCACAGCAUGUCUCUGCAUGUAUGUCAGCACUGCUUUCACGGAGCGCUUCUACAUUGUGUAGAUUUAUAUAGAGUACAGUUUUCUAUGUACAUUGGUGGCUUCACCUAUAAAUUUUAAUUAUUUAGUUUUUCCUCUUAAGGAACAUUUAAGGUUUUUUUUCUUCAUGGAAUGGUGUACUCAAACAACUCAGACACACAGUGUUAAAAUGGCUACAUACUGUUUGUCUAGGUGCCUGUUGGAAAUGUAUACAAUCUAUUUUCCUUUGCUUACAUAUACAUAUAUACAGUAUGCAUGUGUGGUAUGUAUGUUAAAUGGAUGCGUACAGUGUCAUUAUCAACUUUAACACAGUCAUAGGUUUUCCAACUUGCUUGAUUUACUUCUUCCUGUCAUCCUGCAUUACCCUGUACCAAGUAUGGGCUUUUUGUACUCCUUUUGUAAAAGAAAUUAAAAAAAAUCACACAGCAAUAAUUAACAAGCAGGAAUUGUGUACUUUUAAAGCCAUUCUUUAUUGUUAUAAAUGUUUUCCUUGAUUAAUGUUAUUUUGAAUUGGAGAUGUGGAAGUAAUGUUUGAUCUAAUUAUAUUUUACCCUAGUAUUUUAUUGUUUUUUCAAAACUUUUAAUGAUCACUUAAGUUCUCCGUUGCCCUUUUCUGAUCUGUAUGUUAUUAAUGGUUUGAUCAGGGUAUUCAGGAUUAAAAUGGAAUAAACGGAGCUUAAAGCAAGAUGAUAUAGAAGUGAGAAUGUCCCAGAAGAUUUUUCUCGGUGUUUUGUCCUGUUGUUUGUGACAAACAUUUGGAUUAGGACUGAAUCUUGGCCAAUAAGAUCCAACUACCUGUGUUUUACAAUCAGUUUUUGGUAAGUUUGUAUUUUAGGAGAAUGUUGUGGGAUGAAAGAUAAUGCUCCUAAAAAUAUUUAAGUUUUAAAUGUGUGGUAUUAGUUUAAAUUUGACCCUUUUUAAUUGCAGUUUUCCAUUGUUUGAGUUUAACACUCAUGACAACAAAUCAUGUAACUGUAUGUAUACCCAUGUUGAUAAUUGUCUGGUUUUCAUCUACAAAAGGAUGUUGGUGACUGUGUUGUCUUUGUUAUUGUUGAAAACCUUUUCGGUUGCUCUGUAUCCAGGUUUUUUUUUUCCAAUGAUGUGAACUUUUAUCACUCAUAGAAACACAAAUAUAUAAAUAUACUGUAUAUGAAUAUGAAAUGUUAAAUGAGAGAAUGUUUGGUUUUUGUAUUAAAUUGUUAUAUUGUCAAAAAUGAAA